GAAAAAGUUUGAAAAGGGAUCUUGGGCAAUAUUUUCUAAUGUGAACCAGCAUGCGUUUAUUAUUGUAUUGUUUUUUGAUUAGUUUGUGUUAUUUAUUAAUUGGGGCUAAAAAAGGUCGACACCGCGGAAGAAUGAAAGGGGUUCAAUGGUGGUCUUUGGCAAAUAUUGGACACCGAACAAACGAUUUACGAACUUCUGUUAAUCAACUCUACAACAAUCCUAGUUUACUUCCAUUAACAAAAAGACAACGGAAGUUAGUGACACGCAAUCCUGGAACUAUUAUGGCCAUUGCCAAAGGUGCAAAAAUAGCCAUUGACGAAUGUAAACAUCAGUUUGAGAAUAGGCGCUGGAAUUGUCCAACAUUUUAUGACGGGCACGGGGGAUCUGUGUUUGGAAAAAUACUUAAUAAGGGGUGUAGAGAAACAUCGUUUAUUUAUGCUGUCACGAGUGCUGCGGUGUCUCAUUCUGUUGCACGUGCGUGUUCUGAAGGCAGUGUUCACACGUGUUCUUGUGACUAUGAACAUAAUAAAGUUCCGGUGGGUAAAGAUUGGGAAUGGAGUGGGUGUAGUGAUAAUGCUCGCUAUGGUCACCGCUUUUCUCGCAGAUUUGUAGAUGUCAUUGAAAAAGGAAGAGAUUUUCGUUAUAUGAUGAACUUACAUAAUAACGAGGCGGGACGUGUGCAUGUAUCAACGGGAAUGAAACAAGAAUGUAAAUGUCAUGGUAUGUCGGGUAGCUGUACCAUUAAAACUUGCUGGAUGCGAUUACCCACUUUCAGAACUGUUGGCAAUUUACUUAAAGAUCGUUUUGAUGGUGCGUCCAGAGUUUUACCAGGUAAUGAUGGAAACAGUAUAUUAGAUAAAGGAAAUGCAGGACGAGCUGUAGGUCGCAAGAAGAGAAGAUUUAAUUUUAGUCCAGUAAAUCCAAAUCAUAAGCGGCCAGGCAGACGAGAUCUCGUGUACUUCGAGAAUUCGCCGACAUUUUGCGAGAAGGAAAAUGUGAUCGGUUUUGAAGGAACUUCCGGGAGGGAAUGUAAUGCUACGUCACUCGGGGUUCAAGGUUGUGACCUGAUGUGUUGUGGUCGAGGUCAUAAAUCUGAAACAUAUACUGUUAGGGAAAGAUGCCAUUGUACUUUUCACUGGUGUUGUCAAGUUAAAUGUCAAGUUUGUACAAGACUUAAAGUGAAACAUACGUGUUUCUAACAUUACUCUAACUUGACGUGAAGAACAAUUGAUGAACAUGUGGAGAUCAUCCAACUGUGUCAAGUCUCAUGCUGAAACCUUUUAUAGAAGCUGGAUGAUCACCUAUUGUAACACAGCAGUAGAAAUAGAAAUAACAAUUUAGAGUUUAGUAGUUUUAAUUUCUGUUUCACAGAUAAUUGGAACGGAUUUAGUGUAAAACGUCGCCUGACGCCCUGUAUUAUCACCAGCCCAUUACCCCCCCCCCCCCCCACAUACACCCACACACACACACACCCACACACCCACGCACACACACCACCACCACCACCACCCAGGGGCGUAAUUCACGAAAACUUAAACUAGAAUAUUUUUAAGCGGGAAGCUAUUUAAUUGGAUGAGAGUGAAAAUGUAGUUAUUGGCCAAUGAAAGAGCUGAAUCCCUAAAAAUCUUAGUGUAAGUUUUUGUGAAUUUGGGCCCAGAUCUUUCAAAUUAAGUUAAUGUGGACAAAAGACUGAGAGAGGGGAAGUCAUUUUAAGUUAUCUAUUGACUCCAUGAUCCAUUAAAUAAUUUGUGUAUAUUGGGCUAAGAAAAUAAAAUGUCUAUAUAAUUCGAAUAAUUUUGAUAUUGUGAAUAAUUUGUGUGUAUAUACAGCCUUUUAUUGUAAACUAAAAUCCUUAUAUUUAUUUAAUCUUCUAUGUAGAACUAGUAUUUCACUGUGUUAUAGUUAUGUACAUUUAUGUGCCAAUUAUAAAUUUAUUGUAAAUAGUAAUACACUGGUUUUACAUUUGUCUGAUUAGUUAGAUAAUUCAAGGGUCCGUUAUGCUUGUCAAAUUAUUAUCAUUGGUUGUAAAUACUAUUUAAUUUGUUUUACGUUUAUAGUAUGUAUACCAAUCUUCAGCAAUACACAAACUUAAUAGGGUGUAUCGAGACCAUAUCUUUACUUCCCAAUUACCCAUUCUACCACAACUUGCAUAGAAUUUUACUAGCUCUUGUUGAUUUGCAUAUAAUAUAUAUUUACAAUUUUCGAAUUGUCUCCCAUUUUCAUGUUUACCAGAAACGGUGCUAUUUACAAAUAUGUCAAGCUAAAACUAUUUGUAGAACAUUUAAUCGUCUUUUUACCUUUGUGAUAGAAUAUUUAACUUUGUAUUUAAUAAGACCUCAGAAAUUGUAACUGACACUUGAACCCUCAAUUUAUUUGUAUAAUACUCAUGAUAUAUAAUUGUCAUGUAAAUUUUAUUUUAUGUAUUUGAAUCCAUUUCAUGAUAAUAGGUAAGUCGGUUUUUAUUCCCCCUCCCCCACCCCCACCCCUGGCUUUUCUAGGUCAGCAGGAGACUAUUAAAAUGGGUUAGUUAAUAUGUGAAUGUCUUCUUGGCUGUGGACGAUGAUUAUAAGCAGCAUAGAUAAGCAUAUUGGUUUUAAUUGAGGGGGAUGUCUGGGACUUGGUCCAUAGUUUCAUUACUUCAGUGCCUUGACCAAGUUCUAUCAUGGUUUUUGUUCUGCACGGGCUAAGUAUAGAUAAACAAUUUACACAAAAAUUUUUGCAAAUGUGACAUCUAUUUAUUUUGGUGCGUUGGACACCAGCCUCACUGUUGGCUUGUUCCAUCUAUGGUAAUAUACUAGUUGUUUACAAUCAGUUGUCUUCGCCAUCACAAAUCCUAUUAUAUUAUAGAUAUAUCAUCAUAAAGGCCCCCCACCCCCUACAGACCCCUACUGAAAUGAAUGGAAACCCAUGAUUAGUCCUUGUAGGCCCGUAUGUGUCAAGCUAACAUGUUGCCCAGUUAUUUGCUUUUAGACUGAUAUAAACAACUCUAAAAUUAAAACAAAUUUAAGUUUUAUUUAUUUUUUUUUAAAGAUUCUAUUUUAAAUGUUUCAUAACAUCGACAAUAAAGUAAUUACAUUAAUAAUCUAUUUUUAGUUUAGCAUACAGGUUAAAUACAAAUAAUUAGUUUAUUGUUAAAUAACACAGACAGGUAAAUAACAUUACUUCAUUAUCUUCACAACACAGUAUGGCGUAUUCACCCCUGGCAGUUAUCAAACUUUGUUAUAACUUUAAUUAUAAAUGAGCACACACAAAUAUAAUCUUCUUAACGUAAUCUGAGUAAAAUACACAUCUAUAUUUCAUUUUGGUUUUUUUUAUACUUUCGAUGGCCUAUACUACAUGACGAUCUGACCAGUUGUACUGGGAGGUCACGUCAGGGGGGCAUACGAGCGGCUUUUGACCCUAUGACGUCAGACAUUGAUUAAUCAGUCAGCGUUGACGUGUCUAGUGGUUUAUCCACAGUUCCGUGCAUCGCACGCCAAGAACUCGCCGUACCAGACCGUUUCAUUGGCUAAUUCUUCACAUUAGAUUGUGUUUUAAUCAGAUUGUUCAUAAGGCUCUAGUUGGUAGUAAUGGAUGAAUAUGUCGUUAUACAUUAGGUAAUGUUUGUCGAUCUCAAGAACAGCUUAUAUUAGAGAUGUGUUGAAUUUAAUAUUAAACAUUAUUAUUUUUUCAACAAUGUUUGGGUCUAUUUGCUGGGCCAAGAUCUUUGAACAGGUAGAUUAACUGUAGUAGAUUCUGGGAAAGAAAUCUAAGACAUCCUAACAAUAGACCGUUUCUCGUUUGGAUGUGACGAGCUGUUGGUCGUCGUCGUAACAUCUAACACAAUAGACAAAUAUCUGACCAAUUUAACAAAAAGUCUCCUGUUUUUAUUAUUGUUUUAUUAUUACCAUUUGUGGACGUAUCUUUUCAAUGUGGAUACAACUUUUUUGACUAAAAUAAUAAAGUGUUUUGUAGUUAA